AUGAGCCACCAACAGGCACUGAACCACAAUGAAUCAGGCGUUGAAAAAUCAAUUCUGACCGAUGUUCCCGAGCCCCUACAGUUCUUCAACUACCAUGAAUACUUGGCGGACCCAGAUGAGCCGAUAAAUAUAAAACUCGUAGUGAAUCAUUUUCCCGAUUUCGACCAUGAUUUACCAGAAAAAAAACCGCCGUUUGAAGGUUCUGAUGCCCCUAGCGGAAACUGCCGCAUCGUGAGGAUACCGAGAGUAUACCAUACUAUUCAGGACUCCGAUAUAAUUCCUCAAUUUUCACCAGCCGUGCCCGGAACUGAAGAUGCUGCUCUCACUGAUAACAACAAAAACUUUACUCCGAGAGGUCAAUUUGACGGUUCCGUGUUCGGAGUAACAUCGGUAACGCCUCUUGUUCCUGGCUUGCUUCUGGAGCAGGAAUUUAUUGAAAUUGUGACGAAAAUCAACGGUUUAUUGUUUGCAGCUUUAAAUCCAUUUGGCUGGGAAAACGUAGUGGAAUCGAUACUAGACAUUGUCACGUUUACAGUAUACUCCAAGAUACGAAAAAACCGCCACGAACGACGAAAACUCCAGGAAUUGGAGGAUUAUGUGACCACGACUAACGAAUAUCUCAAAACACUCAACCCAGAUUUGGUUCUCAUUUCGCCUCGAAGAUGCGGAUAUCUUUCGGUAAGUCAAUCAUACUCCUUUUGUUUAUAA